AUGAAGGGGCGAUUCGUGGUAAACCCGUUCCCGACUGUGCCGUUGGCGCCGUCCGACCAACGUCAGCUCCAUGACUUGGCCAUCUCCCUUGUGAAGGCGGGAUUGGAGCGGUACACGGCGUUCGUGGAGAAGGAGCAGCGUCAGGUGGAUCUGUCGCGGUGGAAACUGGUUAAGUCUAGAGAGAACGCUCGAGUCUUCAUGGAGAAGUCCGCUUCUCCCCGCUCUAAUGGCAACCAAGAGACGCGAGAUCUCCCGUCGUUGUUGUGCGUUGGCACGACGGCUGGACAGCUGGAGGACUUGAUGUUUGGAGUGGUGAACCCAACGCUGGAGGUGAUGCGGAUCAAGGCCUCCUACGUGGACGACCUCAGUGGCGCGGCGGUGCUGGCCACUGUCGAGGAGCCGACACUAGACGAGCCGUUCAAGUCGCUCGUGGUCAAGUGGAUGGAGCUCGACAUCCCGCUGCACACUACGAACCUCGUCAAGAACCGCGACUACAUCUACGCCGAGGCGACGGACAUCCUCACGCUCCCGAACGGUGACCGGGUCGGCUAUCACUUGCUGCACUCCAUCAACUUCCCACAGACCCACGAGCUCCCGAACCGAAUUCGCGGUAACUUGUCCAUCUGCGGCUUCUUCCGGCAGAUUACUGAGGGAACUACGGAGAUAUAUGUUACCGGCAUCAUGGACCCAGCGGGAGGUCUCGUCCGGCACUUGGUGAUCCCGAAUAUGGCGAAUACCUUCCUGUCGACGCUCAAGUACGCGCACUGUGGACAGAUGAAGAAGCUUGCGUGGAUGCUGGAGAAGAGGUACAAGGAGUCUCGACUGCUGGGCAAACCCAACAAGAAGGCGCAGUGCGUGACGUGCAGACAUUCGAUCACGGGACGGAAAUUGGGAGACUUUGGCAAGACGGACGCCACGUGCAAGCUCUGCUUCGGCUUCGUGUGCCACAGCUGCAAGAUCCACAAGAAGAUCAGCUUCAUCACGCCCGACCUGCUGCUGGCCAAGCGGAACGUGACGUUCUGCGGCCUCUGUCUGGCCGAAGUGAACAAAUCCGACGCGUCAGAGGCUGCUAGAGCCCAGAUCUUAGAGAGCUACCCAGUUAACCACCACCCGUCGAUGUCUACAACGUCCGAGACGAGCAACAGUAGUUAGCUGAAGUUUGAUAACGCACGCCAUUUUUUUGCCUUUG